AAUAAUAAUAAUAAAAAUAAAAAUAAUAAUAAUACAUAAUAUUAUAGUAAUAAAAAAAAAUCUUAGUUUUUUUCGAAGAAAAAAAACGAAAUCGGAUUUAACGACGUCGUAAAUAUGGAAACGCCGACCACAUUUUGAGACAACCGCUCCCCGGACAAAAGGCGCCACGGCAAACCUAACAUCGGUCAUGGACCGUCUGCGAUCGACGUUCAAGCGGUCGCGGACGCCGACGGGCGCAGAGAUGAAGACGCAGACCAGCCUCGAGGUACCCAAGCAGGUGCGGUCGGUGUCGUUCGACGAGAUCAAGCUGGGGUGCGCCAAGCGGGACGAAGACGCGCGCAAAGAGCGGACGUCGGCCGGCGGUGGCCACGCGGCGGCCGCGUCAUCGCUGCGCGUGCCAGCUGGCGGCGGCUCGGGACAGCGGUCUCGGAGUUUCGACUCGUCUGCCGCCGCGGCCAGCACCGGCGUGGCCACGGGUGACCGCGACGACCCGGGCGUCUACCUAGAGGUUCCGUCGUCCAAGCACCAGUUGUUCCACCGGCGGCGGUCGUCCGGCGAAAAGGUGCCGGCCGCCGCGGCUUGCGUGCACUGUGCCUAUCUGGAGGAGCUGUCCAAGAUGAACAGAUCGUCGUCCGGUGACGAGAACCAGAGCAGUCAGAGGUCGUUCACGUCGACGUCGGCCAGCGAGGAUAUGGAAGACGAGGACGACCGCGGUUGCCAGAUCACCGUCACCGUGGAGGCCGACCUCCCCGACGAUCUCGUGGCGGCGGCGGUCCGUUUGUCCAUCGCUGACGGCGGUCCCGCUCUGCCGUCGCCGUCCGAGUCGGCGGACGCGUGCGGCAAGAGCCCACUGACGCUAGAGCUGACGCCGCCGGACGAGUAUCUGCAGGGCAACCGGCGGCGGUCGAUCACGUCGCCGAAACUGGAACGUCAGGAGGCGUUUGCCGUCAGCGACGCGGCCGACCCGGCAGCCGUCCGUGACCUGUUCCUCACGGUUCCCGACCUGAAGCGCGACCGUGCCGCCAGCAUGGACUCGUGCUUCAUCAACAAGCCCACGCCCGCCGGAAAACCGGAAGAGGUGAUGCCCGUGUCACCCACCCAGUUGCUGCUCGAUCCCAACUGCGGACAGCCGGGCUGCAAUAACAACAUCCGGUCCAGGUCCGUGGACAUCGUGCUGCCCACCGACCAGCAGGCCCGAUACAAGGCGCUGUCCACCAAUAAUCAGACGUCUUCGCCGCCAUCGGCCGUACCCGCGCACAGGGUGCCGCCGGACAAGGGAGCCACCGGAACCGAUGGAAACGAUAAACUCUUAAAGAUUGUGCCCGAUUGGACGGAGGAAGCCGCCAACGACGAUCACCUGUGGUCCGUGACGUCCCACAACGUGGACUUCUGCUAUAUCGGCGAAUCCGAGUGCUCGAAACACGGAGUCCGCCUGAAAUGUUCGGGUUGCCGCAUAAUCGUGCACUCGGAAUGUCUGGGAAAUCUGCCGGAAGCGGCCAAGUGCAAGUCGAGCUUCAAGGACGACGGCGUGCGACAGUACAGGGAACACAAAACGGUCAAACACCAUUGGAUGCACAGGAGGACGCAAAAGGACAAGUGCUCGCAAUGCGGAAAGGCGUUCCAGUCGGUACUGUCGUUCAGUUCCAAGGAGAUCAUAGCGCUCACGUGCUCCUGGUGCAAGCUUAGCGUCCACAACAAGACCGCUUGUUUCAACGACACGAAAAUGAACGAACCUUGUUCUUUAGGUAAACAUAGUAAUAUAAUUGUGCCGCCGUCGUGGAUCGUCAAGUUGCCGCGAAAGGGCAACUUCAAGUCCAGCAUUAGAUCGCCGAAAAAACGAUCGUCCAAGAAGAAAACAAAAGACAAGGUGUGUACGCUUAUAUUAUAAUAUUACGUAGGUCCGAUAUAAUACCUUCUACCUCCCGAUACAUAUUAUACCAUGUUGACCGUUAACGUGGUAUAGGUAGAUAUAACCACGGUUGAACCUCGCGUGCCCGACCCGCAAAGCUGCGCGCAUUUACCCGUAUCGCUUGUAAAUUAUUAUUUACACCUUAUCUGCCCGUCGGUCGGCUCCGUUAACCGUUUGUUGCUGGGUCGAAACAAAACGUUACAGACUUUUAUAAAUUAACGUAUAUUGUUCUCGAGGAUCGCGUGUACCAUUGUUUUAUACUAUUAUUUUCAUACGCAUCGGGUAACGGACGUAUUGUGCACCUUAUAAUAGUUAAUUAAAACUGUACUUACAUUUUUUUUAUGGACAAAUGGUAUGAUAUUAUAACAAUGCGCGUUUUCCGUCGUUAGUUUCCGUACGUGUGGUACACACGUCAUACAAGUAUACAAUGCUGGUGGUACAACAGUAGGUACAUGGUACAUCUAUUACUAGCGCAGAGAUACCAGACACAGGUCUUGAAAAUUCAAAACUUCUAAUCCGACAGAAAACUUACAAAACUUAUAAUAAUCGCACGAUUCCUGCACAACUAGGUACACCUGAUGGCGGAAGCAAAUAAUAUUAUUAUUGUCAUAGUUCUACAACUUGCAUUAUUCACUUAUGCACUUGCUAUUGUAAUAUUAUCAUUACUGUCGGAAGUAGUUUAAUACAUAAAUGAAACAUACUACACUGGAUAUACCGCACCUAUGACAUGAAAUCAUUACGUCGCUCCUGACUUUGGUUUAUCGGUGUUUGGAAAAAUAGCUAAAUUGAUCAAGGUCAUAUAGUAUAUGUUUAACAUAAAGUUCAUAAAUUUUAAUAAAUUUACGUCUCCAUUGAAUUCAUCGAUACGUAGGUAGGUAUAUAUGGCUAAGUAGUAGAUGGCUAAAUAUAAUAAUUAAAGAAAUAUUUUAGAAAUCAUAUUCUUAUUUUUCUUCGCUCACAGCUAUAUUUUUAGAUUU